AUGCUAAUCACAUUUUUUAUUUACACGUUGUGGAUUCCAAUAGAAACAACUGCAACGAUAUCAACUGUGUCCGACGAGCAUGCAAUAUGUUUUGGUGCUCUUUCAAUUGAUUUACCUGUACGAUAUUUGCAUAUUCAAUUGCGUGAUAAUGGUGUGAACGUAACUGCUUCGAGAGGUAAACUCGAUAUCUCAUUGAAAACUGAAUGCAAGUUAAAAAAACAUCAGAAACAGUUCAUCGACCAGUUACAUUUAGAUGGGAACAAAUUGACAACUUUGACGAAACAUUGCCACGAAACAUUGGAUUACUUUGUUUCAGAGAACAAAUCACUCCUCUAUUCGGAGUUCUGUGACUGCCCAGAACUGAGUUCUAAAAAGUGGAUGCGAUUGGCGAGAUGUAAUGAGUAUAGUUAUGAACAACUAGACAACGAUUUGAAACAAUGGCAAAUAAUUGACUUCAAGCAGCUUCUCAAUACGGCUAUUCAAAAAUGGGCAUCUCCCGAUAAGCGAUAUAGUAUUGCACUUUGUCAUUACCAAAUCAUCAAUAAUCAAGAAAGUGCUAUUACAAAUCAUUCUUUGAAAUCAAACGGUCAUGAAGUACCAUUCAAACAAUUUAUCUUCAAUUUGGGCGAUUGGCCACUCGAACAAAAGCAGUCGAAUGCAAUUGCUGUUGCCAGUUGGUGUGGCUCAAAUGAAACAAGCGAUAUCGUAUUACCAACUUAUGAAUUAAUGAAGUCGGUGAUUGAUUCAAUGUACACAACAACACUGGACAUUCACACCGCUAAGGGUGAAACACACUGGCCAUGGCAUCAAAAGAAACAGACUGCUGUAUUUAGGGGUCGUGACUCAUCCAAGCUACGAUUAGAGAUAGCGAUGCUCUCACAGAAGCGCCCAGAUUUAAUCGAUGCUGGUAUCACGAGAUAUUUCUUUUUCAACGAAUCUCAUUAUACACCACACGUGAAACAGAAACCAUUCUCUGAAUUCUUUCAGCACCGUUACGUUCUGAGCAUCGACGGUACGGUUGCUGCCUAUCGACUACCGUUCCUACUGGCUGGUGACAGUGUAGUCUUCAAAGCGGAUUCACAGUUCUAUGAGCAUUUUUAUUCAGUGAUGCAACCAUACGUGCACUACAUUCCAUUUCAGCUUUCAAAUAUUAUCGUCAAAAUCGAGUCAGCCAAAAAUCAGCAAUUUGAUCAGGUGCUCCUUAUUAUCGCUGCUGCGCUCCAUGCAUCAGUUUGUGCUGGAUCACCUGCAACCAGUACACCUUUACUGUUAUUAUGUACGUUUUAUAGAGGUGAGUUCAAUUCUUCACUUUAG